GCUCCCGGAUCUAAACCUCCCACCCCAUUGAUCGCCCACAGGCCUGGAGCUAGCACCGCCACUAGUUCCAUUCCCUGCUGGCCGGGUGGAUCUCUUCCUGCACAGCCACGAGCCCAAGCUACCAAGCUAGCCAACCAGCUAUGGUGACCAUGGGCAAGAAGAAGCUGGCCGACGAAGAGACCUGCUGGUACGGCGCCGGCGCCCGCGCGGACGCUGUGGGCGGCGUCGACGACCAGGGCAGGGCGACGGAGCUGCGGCCGCUGGCGCUGUCGUCGCCGCACACGCAGGCGUUCCACCUCGCCUGGCUCUCCCUCUUCGCCUGCUUCUUCGCGGCCUUCGCCGCGCCGCCCAUCCUCCCGGCGCUGCGCCCGUCGCUCGUGCUCGCGCCCUCCGACGCCCCCGCCGCCGCCGUGGGCUCGCUCUCCGCCACGCUCGUCGGCAGGCUCGCCAUGGGCCCCGCGUGCGACCUCCUCGGCCCGCGCCGCGCGUCCGGGUUCGCCAGUCUCAUCGCCGCGCUCGCCGUCGCGGCGACCGCGGUCACCGCGUCGUCGCCCGCCGGGUUCAUCUUGCUGCGCUUCGUGUCGGGCCUCUCCCUCGCCAACUUCGUCGCCAACCAGCACUGGAUGUCGGGCAUCUUCGCGCCCUCCGCCGUCGGGCUCGCCAACGCCGUUGCCGCCGGGUGGGCCAACGCCGGCAGCGCCGCGGCGCAGGUCGUCAUGCCGCUGGCCUACAGGCUCGUCCUCCGCCUCGGUGCCCCGGUCACCGUCGCCUGGCGCGUCACCUACCUCAUCCUCCCCUGCGCCCUGCUCGUCACCACGGGGCUCGCCGUCCUCGCCUUCCCCUACGACCUCCCGCGGGGCGCCGGCGUCGGCGGCGGGGCCAAGAGCCGGAAGAGCUUCUGGAAGGUGGUGCGAGGAGGCGUCGGCGACUACCGCGCGUGGGUGCUCGCGCUCACCUACGGCUACUGCUACGGGGUCGAGCUCAUCAUGGAGAACGUGGCGGCCGACUUCUUCCGGAAGCGGUUCCACCUCCCCAUGGAGGCGGCGGGCGCCGCGGCGGCGUGCUUCGGCGCCAUGAACGCGGUGGCGCGGCCCGCGGGAGGGGUGGCGUCGGACGCCGUGGCGAGGCUGUUCGGGAUGCGCGGGAGGCUGUGGGUGCUCUGGGGCGUCCAGACUGCCGGCGCUGCGCUGUGCGUGCUGGUUGGCAGGAUGGGCGCCGCGGAGGCACCGUCGCUGGCCGCCACCGUGGCGGUGAUGGUGGCGUGUGCGGCGUUCGUGCAAGCCGCGUCAGGUCUCACCUUUGGCAUCGUCCCCUUCGUCUCCAAGAGGUCGCUGGGCGUGGUGUCCGGGAUGACGGCGAGCGGCGGCGCGGUGGGCGCGAUCAUAACGAACCGGCUCUUCUUCAGCGGCUCGCGCUACACCAUCGAGGAGGCCAUCUCCCUGACCGGCGCCGCCAGCCUCGUGUGCACGCUCCCGCUGGCCCUCGUCCACUUCCCGCGCCACGGGGGCAUGCUCUGCGGCCCGACCGCGACCGGCGACGACGACGACCACGACGACGACAAGGAUGCAAGCAGCCAUGGAGACUACACGCUCCUGAAAUGAAAAGGGAACGGGGACAGAAUUCGCCAAUUCGGCCGGCGCAUGGGAGGGAGGGAACCUGUAUAUACGUAGUGCCUUUCUCUGGGGUCCAAUGGUCUGGUCGGCUAGAUGUUUUAGCAAACGACGAGCCAUGUAUGGUUGGUCAGGGGAUGCGAAACAGCAUCGGCAGAAAAAUGUCGGUGGCUAUCUCGAUCACUUGCACAUACAUAGAUCAGAGGGUGUUUGUCCGUGUAGUUAGCGGUUGCUUGUACUUGUGUGCGGUUCGAUGAGUGAGAUGGUGAUGGGCCGUCCAAUUAUAAAAUUUUUGGGUCCAAUUUAAUUUGUUAAA